GCUGCGCUUAGGCAGUCACAAGACUUGGACAUCCAUGAACAAAAACAAAGACACUACAAUUAGCCGACAUAGGUCAGGGUCAAGCCCAUAUGCCACUAAACAACUCUGCAUUGAACAGGUCUUGCAAUUUUGGAAACUUAUUUCACCCGCCAUUGCGCGCUUCGGAUGAUAUUUUCCCCAAUGGAAAUCUCAGCAUUAAUCCUUCCCAUCCAAACUUGACAUUGCAACAUUGUUUUUCCUAAGCACGAAUACGAAGUGAAGUGGUGUUCUUAGUCCACUUUCAGUGAUGGGUUUGGACGUAAAGGAGGGGCGCAUGCCAAAGGUAGCGACCACUAUGGAAUAAAUUAAACCAAAGAUAUCAACAGUUGCCUACCACCCACUCGAAAUCGAUUGUAUUAGAAGCUCGCUGAACGUAUAAAACGGGACGUAUGAUUUCAAGACCGGCUGCAGACAACGGAAUCUUCGCUCAAUAAGCUACACAACCGACAACGCCUUGAGAGAUUUGAUACAGACAACUCGUGUCCACUUUUCAGGACAUAAGGAUCCUUUAGUAACUUAAAUCAGAAAAGCCAUGCAGGCAGAAAGGAAAUGGCACAUACUUUUGAGUAUAAUCCUUAUGCUGAUCACCUCGAGCCAGUGCAUGGACAGCAAGGAAGUGAAGCAGAAAGGGAGAAGGACCCUGCUGGACCUUAUUUUACAGGUUAUCGGAGACAGCCAAUCAGGGGACAAGCCUUCAGUCUCCAGGCGCUAUAACAGUGGCCUCUUCCCUACAGCCCAAGAGAUGAGGUUCUCCUCUCGAGAAAAGCCUUUAUAUGUUCCUAGGCUGGAUAACAGUAGACCCAUAGAUAUUGUCCCAAGAGAUGUAAACCUGAAAGACAAGUUCAUAAAGCAUUUCACAGCAGGACCAGUCAAGUUCUCAUCGGAAUGUAGAACACAUUUUCAUCGACUCUAUCACAACACAAGGGAUUGUUCAAAACCAGCAUACUACAAAAGAUGUGCAAGAUUGCUAACACGGCUAGCAAUGAGUCCACUCUGCACACAAUUGUAGACAUUGCAUGUUCAAAAUAUUGAGCGGGGUCUAUGUUUUGCCAAGGAAGUGCCUUCAAUUUGCAGCAGUCACAUUAAGAACAUAAUAUUGUAAUUGUUUAUAGUAUUUUUAUUUUUGUUGUUGAUACUGUAUGUAUAUGAAAAUGUUGACAGAUUUGAUUGGUUUUAUGAAAUAGAUUAGCAUUUUAUUUUCAUGUAUCAUGUAUUUUUAAGAAAACCUUAAUUUAAUAUUGAAUACACCUAUUUAUUGAAAUGUAUAUAAUUAUUCACAAUAAUUCUGAAAUAUUCAAUUAUUUUUCUUUAAGUUCUCAUCUGAUGAAGUGUGUGAAUUCAUCUCACUAAAUAUUAUUUGCUUUGUCAAUAUUACAUUUUUGAGACGGUCCCACCAUGGUCGUUUCUAUAUGUCUUUCACUGUCAUUGUCUACAUUGCAUUUAAUUUGGCACUUGAACGAUUUCACACAAUGAAAACAUAUUGAAGGAUGACGAUGGUAAUAAUGCACUGCAGUACAGAACAAUAAAAAAAUAUUCAAGCACAGCAUAUUUGCAAUUAUUAUAGAAGAGCAUGUUGAGGG